AUGAAGUUUUUUGCUCUUGCGUCUGCCUUUUUUGCCCUUGCUCAGGCAGAAAUUCAACCUUCUAAAAGUGUACAACUUUCCUUUACCUCUACACAUGAACGUUUUGUCAACCGUCCCCUUUCUUCUGGAUCCCCUGCAAAUGCUAUCGGAUUUUACCCUGACUCUAGUACUCUCUUUGUGGGGUAUCAACUUCCUGAUGGUCGUAUUCGUGUCGGAGGUGUCGACACUUGGUUGACAAUUAAUAGUGCAAAGCAACUUGCUGUUGUUUCUGCUCAAACUACUGGCCCUGCCAACUUUGAUGUCACUUCAGAAGGUAACCUUGUUUUUAAUGGUUCUGAUACUUUUUCUAUUUUGAAUGAGUCAGGAAAUUGGAUUGUCUAUACCAGUGAUGCUACCUUUCCUGCAACAGCCUACAUUGGACCCAGUGUUAAAAUUGCUGUCCAUUACUAUUGA